CCCAAACAUCAGCAUGACCAGCCAGUCCCAGGGAAUCCAGCAGCUUUUACAGGCAGAAAAACGUGCCAAAGACAAACUAGAAGAAGCCAAAAAGAGAAAGGGAAAGAGAUUGAAGCAAGCCAAAGAAGAAGCCAUAGCAGAGAUAGACCACUAUAGGUUACAGAGGGAGAGGGAAUUCAGGCACAAACAAUCUAAUAUAAUGGGAUCCCAAGGUAACCUCUCCACUAAAAUAGAAGAGCAAACAACAGAAAAAAUCCGAGACAUCACCAAUAGCUUCCACAAGUACAUGGAAAACGUAAUGAAACAACUUUUGAACAUGGUAUAUGACAUCAAGCCUGAAAUCCACCCAAACUACAGAGACACAGUUUAAAUCCCAUUGAUGUGUGCAUGUAUCAACAGAAGGCACACUGUUUUCCUAGUAACCCAAAUCAUCAUCUCCUUUAUGGGAUUGUCUGUAUGUGAAAGAGAAAUACUAAGCCCAAAGCACACUGCCACACACAAUGUUUUUGGGGGGAUAAAAUUCUACGAGGUUUCACAAGCAUUUGGUGGAAUGGAUUUGUUUUUCCUAUUGAUAGCUAUUACCCUGUCAUUUAAAUAGUAGAAAGCCGACAACAGCAGAAUAAGUGAUUAUUUGACACUGACAGCUUUUUAGUGGGUGUCUUUAUUUCUUUUCUUAUAUAAAAUGUUCUGUACUACUUGGUGUGUUGCAUGAAAUCAUUUGUCCCAAUCUUUAGUACACUUAAAAUGAUCAGAUAUGUGAUAAUGUUUCAUUUUACUUAAAAUGAAAGAACUUCUCUCUUGUUUUGAGCAAAUGGACUGUGUUGGUUAUAGGGAUUAUAGGAGCAAACUCUUUCAGUUUCCUGUAUGCAUUUGCAAUGACCUGUCUAGAAUAAUGAGACAGACAAGGUGGGUGACCAACACAACUACAACAACGCUACAUGCAAUAACAUAGGUCAUAUUUCCACAGUGGUGGCUCUUCGUAAUUUGUGAAGUGUAAAUGCACAAUAUAGUUCUGGCUGAUUUUAUAUAUUUACCUGCCCAUGCCACUCUCAAAGAAUUGUCCUACUGUUAAAUUGCACCAUAUACCCUACAGGUUUUACUUUA